GGUGCGGAGAGAACCGAGCGGCGGAACUGCGGCUGACAAGAGCUCACUUGAGACAUAAACAGCACACGUCUGGACGAGCGGUGAAGUUUUAGGCGACUUUAGAGCAGCUGUUGUUGUUUCACAGAAGCGGGCCGGUGAGGAGCGAAUGGACGGAUAAAACCCACACAGGCUUGGAUCGGAAGACGCAGCCUCGCAGGCAGGUGGCCGGGGCCGGUUACAGAGAGACGGGGAGAGGAGGGCAGCGUGUGCGGGCUCAGAUCAAGACGGGGUCUCUCCUCGCUAGGGGAUGUUAUCCGUACUGUCUUAUGGCAGACUGGUAGCCAGGGCUGUCCUGGGCGGACUCUCUCAGACAGACGGUCGGGACUACAGCCUGAUCAGCGCCAGCUAUGGCUUCGGUAAAGACUUUCGGAAGGGGAUCCUGAAGAAAGGGAUGUGCUACGGGGACGAUGCCUGCUUCAUAGCGCGGCACAGGACCGCCGAUGUGUUAGGUGUUGCAGACGGGGUAGGUGGAUGGCGGGACUACGGCGUCGACCCGUCUCAGUUCUCUGCCACCUUGAUGAGGACUUGUGAGCGGCUGGUGAAGGAGGGACGCUUCACUCCCAGUAAUCCAGUGGGCAUCCUGACCUCUGGCUACUACGAGCUCUUACAGAACAAAGUUCCCCUGCUAGGGAGCAGCACGGCCUGCAUCGUGGUUCUGGAUCGACGGAGUCAUCGGCUACACACAUGUAAUCUUGGUGACUCGGGCUUCCUAGUGGUGCGAGGCGGAGAGGUGGUUCAUCGCUCAGACGAGCAACAGCACUACUUUAACACACCGUUCCAGCUGUCCAUCGCUCCUCCGGGAGCCGAGGGGGUUGUGCUCAGCGACAGUCCUGAAGCAGCUGACAGCUCUUCUUUUGACGUGCAGCUCGGUGACAUCAUCUUAACGGCGACAGAUGGUCUCUUUGACAACAUGCCAGACUACAUGAUUCUUCAGGAGCUCAAAAAACUCAAGACAACCAAUUAUGACAGCAUCCUGCAGACUGCACAGAGCAUUGCAAAGCAAGCUCACGAUCUUGCCUACGACCCCAACUAUAUGUCCCCUUUUGCACAGUUUGCCUGUGACAACGGCCUGAAUGUAAGAGGGGGGAAGCCAGAUGAUAUCACGGUGCUGCUGUCCAUUGUGGCUGAAUAUACAGACUAAAAGUGUGCAUGUGUUUGACUGCUUCUCUGGGGCGGAUCCUUCCUUGCCGUCUGCCUGAGUCUUCCACCUGCAGCCCUCCCAAAAUGCACUUCGUCCUGUGGGCUGACAGGGGAGGCCCACCGACACGACACUCACCCCCUCACAGUGCGGCUGACAUCCACCUGCGUAACAUUUCGGGUUUUUUUCUUCUGCUGUUUUGUUUUGGUGCUUGAACUGCUGAGGGACGGCAGUCAGCUAGGACAUCUUCAUGUUGAUCAUGAUGCAGGAGGAGAGCAGAGAACGACGGGCUGACGGAUGCCUUCCAGUCUCCUGUGUCUCAUCGCGCGGCAUCGACACUUCCAAUGCGAUGUGGCCAAGAGACAGUCCGGGGGGUGGUGUGGAUGAAGCGAGGGCUUUAAAAUCUGGUAGCCGUCGUGUAGACAAACAAUGAUAAUAUAAGGAGUAAGCCAUGGGUUUGGAUUCUUUAAAGAGUAGCGAUAGAGUCGACUAAUGAGCCUGGCUAUCUGGAAGGUUGGGCUUCAAGAACCGGGUCCAACUUGGAGCUGGUUUUAAAGUUACGACACUAAAGGAAUCGCUAGGAAGUUUCUAUUUUGAUUCUGCUCAUCGAUUCCGAAACGAAUUUCACUGGUUCAAUUUAAUUUCAUUUUAUUUAUAUAACGCCAGUUACCGGUCAAAUUGUCUCAAGACGCUUUACAGAACCCAUAUGCCUGAACCCUCGAGCAAGCUCUGAGGCUACAAUGGCAAGAAAAAACUCCCUUUUAACGGGAAGAAACCUUGAACAGAACCCGACUCUAUAUGUGGGGGGACCCAUCUGUUGCUGGCCGGUGGGUUGAGAGGGACAGAAGAGGUAGAAAGGUGGAGGGAUGGGAGAAGAGGGGGUGGGGAACAAGUAACAUAUAACACACAAUUGGAUACAUGCAUGAUAAGCCAGAUGAUACAUACUAAGUACAAGCUAACACUGAAACUGAUUCAUAAGUUCACUGUUAUGAUGUACGGCUCUGGCAUUCAAUAUACUACAUAUAUAGCUGGUAGUAAAAUUCAAACAGUGUAGAUGAGCAUAUCAAGUAUAGUAAGUGGUGCCAGUUUACAAGCCAUGCACUGCAAACACCUACCUGUCCAUCAUGCAAGCUGAAUGCUGCGUGUUCUCCCGUCUCCUAAUCCAUUUGUCUUAAUAAAUCAUGAGUUCAGCAUUAUUCUCAGCCUGCUUAACUGUUGCUGAGCUGCUUGAUUAGCAGGUGAAUGGCACAAAUUGUAUAAUUGUCCCCAACAAUUACCUUAAUGCAGCAAAUGUACAGUUACAAAUCAUUUUCCAAGAACUGAAUUGACAAAAAAGUACUUCUAUGAAAUAUAUAUCAGAAAAGAGAUCACUAUUGUUACAAAUAUGGUUGUUUUAUCUAUCUGAGGGAUUCUCCUGGUAACAUUUAGGUAUCUAUCAAUGGUACGUAGCAUUUCACAAGAGGAGAAUACAGGAAGGUGCUGUCAUAACUUAACACAAACAGGUACUCAUUUUUCUGUUAUUCAACACAACACACAGACGUUCAGUAACUAUUAUGCCUGUGAAGGUGUAUUACAGCAGACUAAAGGUACUUUUACUACCUUUAGAGUCGUACUUUACUGUGACUGUAGCAACAUGUUGGUACUUCACACACAAAAACACACUAGUCGAAGUCAGCAGCUUUCUUAAAGGGGAUGUGUUUGAAGAAAAAAAUAAAAUAAAAAUAUAGAUAUAUUAAUUCAUAUAAUCAAAGUUUGUUUACCUUGAUAGAUAGAGAUACUAAUACAAUAUUGUGAAACUCCUGCAUUGGAAAUGUACUACGGUGUAAAAUUCUAUUAUUUAGUAUUAGAUGGUUAUUACUUGUAUAUUACUAUAAAAGCAGGAUUUUACUGUUCUUCCCCUCCAAGAAUCUGACUUGAGACUAAAUGAGAAACUGGAAUCGAUAAGCAGAAUCAUUAAAACACCCAACUAUAGCUAUUAGUCUCUGUUCAGCUUAAUAAUCUGUUCCAUGUUGUAAAUGUGUUUGAACAAAGCAUAUAGAGCAAAGUGAGGAAGCUGAUGUUGGGAAUGAUGGGUGUUGAUGGAGGAUGAAAUGUAGGAGUCGGGUUUUAGUGUCUCGGGUUUGGGAAUGUGAACGAAGAAAGAGCUAACUACACUCAGAUCAAAGAAACCUGUAAAGAGAAACUUGUCAAAGCUUUCAUGUGAAGGUUAAUCAGGUUUUGUUAUGUGGCUGGAGGGAAAUGCACAUCCUCAUAAGUUGUAAAUAUUUUUGUGUUUUUAGGGCUACGUUCUGGCCUUUCUGUUGUCUCUCAUUUGGCUGUUAAAGCAGAGCUAUUUCGUUACUAUUGUGGAGGAUAAACACAUGCAUUCAUAAAUAUAUUUUCCUGUAUAGAUAUUAACCUUGAAGUGAGCUUCACCUGUCCCACACUUCCACUUUCUGAAAAGAACAAGAAGACUUUUGCUGAGGUUGAUGGCUGCAGCAGCUGUGUGGUAGGAAGGAUGUAAAACGUGAGUGUGUGUGAGGCAUAUAUGUGAGAAGAUGUUAUUGGAAUGUGUGUUAUAUUUAAUGUUUUGUUGUCUCAGACAGCUAAAGCUAGCCUCUGGGAAUGCUUACAAUUGCAAUGAUAGGUCAGGAAUGAAUUUAAAGGAAAAAGAUGUAUUUUUUUAACAUUAUUUUGUUUUAAAAGUAACAGAUUGACGUGUCUGCAGACAUGAAAUAUGUGUGAUGGAUGACUAAAAGAUCCAGCUAUCUUAAACUCAACGUGCAUUGUGUGUGUGUGUUCCAGAUCUAUUUUUAUUUCUCAGUUCUUUAUGUCCCUUUACAUUUGUUUGCUGCUUCUCUUUUGUAAUUCAGACGUCUGUAUAUGACUGUAUUUACAUAAAUACAGUCACCAUGAUUGUGAUGAAUGUGUGUGUAAACAUGUGUGCUGGAUUUCGCCAAAUUACAUUAAUUCAAAGACACUGAUGAUACUGUUCUGCUCAUGAUAGUCUGUCCCUUUGUCUAACGCAAGUGGUUCGGACAAAGUCUUGCACCAAAGACACAUUUUCUUUGUUUAUAUCAUUAUGCCGUCUUUGUUUAGCGUCAUACAGCAAUACUGUAAAUUCCUCGUGCUCAGAAUUGUGUGUGAUGGUUCAGAAGCAUCCGUGGAGUGACAUUAAAAUGUAUUUUCUAAUGCUGUUUGAGAACAAAAGUUGUAUCAUACUCCUGGUUUAAGUUCUAUGUGACUGGUUGUCUGUGGAGACAGGUAUAAAAUAAAAUACAAAGACGGAAAGCCAUAUAUAAAUACAUGAUUGAGGCUGCUCUGUAAGUGUAAAGUUAGCAUUGUGUUGAAUCCGCUGGUCGUCUGUGUUUUGUAUAAGAGAACAAACUACAUGUGAUGGGGCAGCAGUAUAGCAAUGAAAAAAAAAUCUGCUACAAUGACCACAUUUUAUGUCAUUUUAAAACUGACUGGAGACAUUUUUUUUAAUAUAAUCUGUCCAGCUGUCUGUUGCAUGUUUCUCUCUCAGCUACUGGCACCACUUUACAGAGUCUAUUCAUAAUCUGUUGUUGUCUUUAGAAUGGUUUGUGUGAAGCUUCAAAGAUAGCUCUAUAUUUGACAGAGAUGUAACCCGUGUGCUGAUGGAGGAGGCGUGAGCUUACAGUACGAGGGUGAGCACAGAUUCAGCCUUAACAAAUAGCUAGACCUGUAAUCCAGAGGCCUUUCCUGUCAUUGCAAGCUUGUCUCGUCUGCGUCGUGUUGCGGUGUUUGAUGUAAAUGAAGUGGGAUCCCCCCCGCCCCAUCUUUCUCCCCCCGUAAAGCCGUUUUCAAAGGUGCUUCUGCGGUCCGUUGGUAUGAUUGUCCUCUUUCCAGCAAGUGUGUGAGAGGUACACCUGUCUACAGUGUAACAAUGCAGGUCUAAUUUAUGUAAAUAUGUUUUCAAAUAUGUACAAUAUUUAAAUAAAGAAUCUAGUAUUUAUACUAAA